UGGGCAUUCGCCUUUCUGCUGACGCUUCCUGCGGCCUUCCUUUUGUGCCUUUCCUGCUUCGCUUUGCAGAAAUGGCCCGUUUGCGGCUGACGUGGCCUCCACUUGCAUUCCGCCUCUAAUCCCCAUUGAAACCAGUCGGUCACACGAUUUCCCAUUGAAACAACACAAAUCUCCCUAUAAAUGCCCGCUUUGGGGCUCUUUGCAAAUCCAAGGCAACCCAUAAUCAGGCCAGAUUCAGGUGCAGCUGGGCCAGUCCUCCUAUUUCACCAUGGCUUCGGAUCACCAAGCGGCGAAGCAAGGCAGCAAGAUCAUGGUCUUUGAGCAGGAGAACUUCCAGGGCCGCUGCCAUGAGCUGAAUGCGGCUUGCCCCAACCUCAAGGAGGCUGGUCUCGACAAAGUUGGAUCCAUCCUGGUCUAUUCUGGGCCGUGGGUGGGCUACGAGCAGCCGAAUUGCAAAGGAGAGCAGUUUGUAUUUGAGAAGGGAGAGUACCCACGGUGGGACUCUUGGACCAACAGCCGCCGCUCAGACUCCGUCUGGGCAUUGAGGCCCAUCAAAGUGGACAGCCAGGACCACAAGAUUGUGCUGUACGAAAACCCCAGCUUCACCGGGAAGAAGAUUGAGAUCAUUGACGACGAUGUGCCCAGCUUCCACGCCCAUGGUUACCAGGAGAAGGUCUCCUCUGUGCGCGUGCAGAGUGGAACUUGGGUGGGCUACCAGUAUCCCGGGUACCGCGGGUACCAAUACCUGUUUGAGAAGGGUGACUACAAGGACUCGGCCGACUUUGGGGCACAACAGCCACAAGUCCAGUCUGUGCGCCGCAUCCGUGACAUGCAGUGGCACCAGCGUGGCGCCUUCCACCCCGCAUCCUAAAUGGACCACCACAGGAACAGGAACAACAGCAACACCGUCAACAACGACCACACUAUAGUAUUAUUAUUAUAUUAUUAUUUAAAAUAAUAAUAAUAUUAUAUAACUCUCUGAUAGCGCUGCCCCCGUUGAGCUGCUACUACUUACUACAAAGAAAGAAAGGAAGGAAGAAAGAAGAAAAGUGGAAAAUAAAUAAUAAUAAAUAAUAAUAAAAGUAAAUAAUAAACAGCUUCA